AGGCAAGAAAUCAGAACCCUUAUUAAUGGAAGUCGAUAUAGUGGAAAAGGAAUCACAUUAGAGAGCCAAAGAAGAAAUAAAAAGAAAAGGAAUUUCUAGUGAUCCACAUCCAAAGGAUAGAGAAUCUGGAACAGGAAGAGGAAAAGAGAUGAGAAAGAAUGGAACAGGAAAAAAUAAUUGGGGGACCUAUCAAGAUGAUAUGAAAGACUAUGGAGUUGAUGAAGAUGAGUAGGAAGACAUUAAAUUUAGAGCAGCUCACUAGGGAAUUGUAGUUGAUGACCAUAAUUUCCCAAAACUAAGUUGA